AUUCGACGUAUUUUUAACGCGUAGUGGGUUAUAUAAGUGUCGCAGAAAAAUAAUACAUCAUCGUGAAACGUUGAAAGGCCAUCAGAGCUAAGAUCUCCUGCGGCGUUGUUUCUUCGGUUUGGAAAAAAAAAAGGAUGGGGUUGUCAUUUGGGAAACUGUUCAGCAAGCUGUUUGCGAAGAAAGAGAUGCGUAUUCUGAUGGUUGGUCUUGAUGCUGCUGGUAAGACUACCAUCCUCUACAAGCUCAAACUUGGUGAGAUCGUCACCACUAUCCCUACCAUUGGUUUCAAUGUUGAAACUGUGGAAUACAAGAACAUCAGCUUUACCGUCUGGGAUGUCGGGGGUCAGGACAAGAUCCGUCCAUUGUGGAGACACUACUUCCAGAACACACAGGGACUUAUCUUUGUUGUGGACAGCAACGAUCGCGACCGUGUUGUUGAAGCCAGGGACGAGCUUCACAGGAUGUUGAACGAGGAUGAGUUGAGGGAUGCAGUUCUGCUUGUCUUUGCUAACAAACAAGAUCUUCCCAACGCAAUGAACGCUGCUGAGAUUACUGACAAGCUUGGCCUUCACUCUCUCCGCCAACGACACUGGUACAUUCAGAGCACAUGUGCCACCUCUGGAGAAGGACUCUACGAGGGACUUGACUGGCUCUCCAACAACAUCGCAAACAAGGCAUAGAAACAUGGUAGCAGGAUUCCUCUUCACUUGUUUUCUCAUACCUUCUUCUUCUUCUUCUUCUUCAAUUCUCAGUCUCAAAACUGAAAACCAUAUCAUACUUUGUACUUUCAUUUAACAACACUAUGUUUCUUUGUUUUUGUUUUUGUUCUUCCUUAGUUGUAAAAAAAAACCUUUUGUUUCUUCUUUUUAACCGGAUCUUGACUUUUGGUUA